UGGAGAGAGAGAUGAGUGCGGAGGAUGAGACGGACUCUACCAUUGUAAGCAAUAGAGGGAGAGAGAGAGAGGUUGAGUUCUAAUCUCUCAGUUCUCUGUUUGUGAGUGUUUGAUCUGUGUGUGUGUGUCUGAGAGAGUGAGUGUGUGUGCAUGUGUGUGUUGGUGGAGAGACUCAGGAUUCUACUCUUAUUCUUGGAUUUAAAAUCUUCAGAAUAUACUAAAGCAGAACAUCAGAUCCAUCUACGAUCCAGAAUGUGGUGCUGGGAGGAUCUGAGUAGUUUGACGUAAUGUUUAGUCACCAUACGCCAACAAACACACCAGCCAGACAAUUACAGCAGGCUCAGAUUAUCUCUCCAUCCCUGUAAACUGAAGAACAUCUGGAGUCUGAAGAUUUUUACAGAAUACCUGUAGGAUCUGGAUCUGAGGAUUAUGCUGAUUUAGUUCUUCGCUUUGCUGAAUCUUAAAUAUCAGAUCACACAAUGGCUGACCCCUACCAGAACAGCUAUCACCACGGUGACGCAGAUGGAUACAGAACGUACGGCGAUGGUGGUCAAGAUGGUUACGGCUACCAGACUGACUACCCGCCCCAGGAGGAGGACGCUGCCAGCGAUGCCACAGAAGGUCACGAUGAGGAAGAUCAGAUGUACGAGGGCGAGUACCAGGGCAUCCCCCACCCUGAUGAGAUCAAAGCAGCCCGCCGGGCGGCCAGGGCCAAGGCUCGUGCGGCGGCAGACGCCGUGUCGGAGCAGGAGGAGCUGGCAGAGCAGUAUGAAGAUAUUAUGGAGGACUGCGGGCACGGGCGCUUCCAGUGGAGUCUGUUUGUGGUGCUGGGGUUGGCCCUGAUGGCGGACAGUGUGGAGUGCUUCGUGGUAGCCUUUGCACUGCCCAGCGCAGAGAAGGACAUGUGCCUGUCCAAUGCAGAAAAAGGCAUGCUGGGUUUGAUAGUGUUCCUGGGAAUGAUGUUCGGAGCGUUUAUUUGGGGUGGAAUGUCUGAUAAAGUUGGCCGGCGGAAGUGUCUGAUCAUCGCUUUGGCCAUCAACUGCGUCUCCGCCUUCCUCUCCUCCUUCGCCCAGGGAUACGGCUUCUUCAUCUUCUUCAGGCUGUUCUCUGGCAUUGGGAUUGGUGGCUCCGUGCCAAUCGUAUAUUCGUACUUCUCGGAGUUUCUGCAGAUGGAUAAGAGAGGAGAGCACCUCAGCUGGCUCUGCAUGUUCUGGAUGAUGGGCGGCAUCUAUGCCUCUUUCACCGCCUGGGGCAUCGUCCCACGAUACGGGUGGGGGUUCAGUAUGGGUUCUGAGUUUCAGUUCCACAGCUGGAGGGUUUUCGUGCUGGUCUGUGCCCUGCCGGCUAUCGCUGCCCUCAUCGGCCUCAUGUUCAUGCCUGAGAGCCCUCGCUUCCUGCUGGAGCAUGCUAAACAUGACGAGGCCUGGAUGAUCUUGAAGCAGGUCCAUGACACCAACUGGAGAGCAAAAGGAGAACCUGAGAGAGUCUUUACUGUUUCUCAAAUCAAGACUCCAAAGACCCAGGAGGACGAGUUCUUUGAGAUUCAGAGCUCCACCGGUACAGCUUUCCAGAGAUGGGUGGUCCGCACUGUGACCCUAAUCAAGCUGGUGUUGAAGAAUGUCCUAUCCCUCUUGACUCGUGAGUUGAGACUUUCGACUCUUCUCAUGGCUAUUAUUUGGUUCACAAUGGCUUUCAGUUAUUACGGUUUGGCCGUGUGGUUUCCGGACAUGAUCAAGCACCUGCAGUAUGAGGAGUAUGAGUCCAAAGUGAAGGUGUUUCACAGGGAGAAGGUUGAGCGCUUCCAUUUCAACUUCUCUUUGGAGAACCAGGUGCACAAAGAAGGAGAAUACAUCAACGACAAGUUCGUGAACAUUGAGAUGAAGUCGGUAAGGUUUGAGAAUUCGCUCUUUGAGGACUGUUAUUUCGAGGACAUUAAAUCCACAGAGACCUUCUUUGAAAACUGCACCAUAAAGUCCACUGUCUUCUACAACACUGAUUUGUAUGAGGAGAAGUUUAUUGACUGCAGAAUGGAGAACACCAGCUUCUUCCACACUAAAAAAGGCUGUCAUCUGAACUAUGAGGAGGAGAACGAUGUUCUUAUCUACUUGGUCAGCUUCUUGGGAAGUCUGGCCGUGCUGCCUGGAAAUAUCAUAUCAGCACUCUUCAUGGAUAAAAUCGGCAGGAUCAAAAUGAUAGGGGGCUCCAUGCUGAUCUCAGCUGGCUGCACCUUCUUCCUGUUUCUGAGCUUCAGUCAGGCGGCCAUCAUUGCCUGGCAGUGUCUGUUCUGUGGAGUCAGCGUAGCGGCCUGGAACGGCAUCCAGGUCAUCACUGUGGAGCUUUACCCCGCCUCUAAAAGAGCCACGGCGUUCGGUGUGCUCAACGCCAUCUGUAAGCUGGCUGCCAUCCUGGGGAGCUCCAUCUUCGCCUCAUUCGUGGGAAUCACCAAAGUGGUCCCUAUCCUGCUGUCCUGUGCAGCGCUGGUGUGUGGGGGGCUGUUGGCGCUGAAGCUGCCCGAGACCAGAGAGAAGAUUCUGCUGUGAAAUCAAACCAUCAAACCCACACACACACACACACACAUACUCACAUACACAAACACACAGAUGGAGUCUGGGAUCACGCUGCACCCAGACGAGGCUAAUAUCACUCCACUGAUUUUCUUAGAAAUCUCCCAUCUGACCCUGACUCAUCCACUCGCUGUAGCGACAAAAAUAAGGACAUCUAAUGAUCAUGUGCACUUUUUUAGCCCAAACCCAUCAGGAAUAUACUCACCCUGGAGUAAACUGCGCUGCACCAAAUCUACUUAACCAGCAUGAGUUCGGCACACGCUGUGAAUGAACAUGCUGUUAAUCAGUGUUCUUUAAGUGCUGACCAUAUCCGCAACAUACUGAGAACAGCGAUAAUGAUAAAUAUCACCUCUAACUUGCAGAUCUGAUUGAAUUUCCAUAAAAAUGACCAAACCAAAUGAGAGAAACUGUGAAAUAACAAUAAAACAUAUAUAAAUAUAUACACUCCUCUCCAAAAGUGUUGGAACAGUAAGGAAACCCCUUAUCCCUGCUGUAGACUGAAAACAUUUGGGUCUAACAUUAAAUAUAUAUAUAUUAAAAAAAGAUCAACAUUUUAUUUCCAGGCACUUACAUACAUCUGAUACACAGUUCAGAAGAUAGAACCUUCUAUCUGAACCCACCCUUUUUUAUUGUGAAGAAACAAAAGUGUUGGAACAUGUGUCAGUCUACGUUUGGUUUCAGAUUUGGGUUUUUUCUGUGCAGACUGUGCAUUUAUAGUUAGAAGAGUAAACUAAAUAUAAAUCAGAAAGCUGUGUGUGGAUGAUAAACAAGCGACUGUGAAGCUGAGAGAUUAUGUAAAAUCAAUCAGAGCCAUUGCAUUAAUAUUAGCCAUGGAUAGCACAAUAGUUUGCAAUGUCCUGAAGAAGAAAGUCAUCACUGGUGUACUAAGUAACAGAUGUGGAACAGGUAGAACAAGGGAAAGCACUGCAGUUAAUGACAGACACAUUGCGAGUGCUGGAAAGGAAGACACCAAAAAAACAACUGACAGGAUUUAAGGUAUCAUACUCUACUGUUCACAAAAGACGUUCACCAGACAAUGCAACUUAACUAAGACUAAUUAACAAGAAAUUAAAAAGGCUUAAAGGAUAGGCUCAUUGAUCUUCUUUUAUUUUCAGUUUAUAUGUUUCAAUAUUUUUGUUCACCAAAAUAUUUGUGUGUUCAGAAAAUCUAUUUAAUGGAUUUAAAAGUUCAAAUGUUGAUCUUUUGUCUCAUAUUCAUACUUUAAUGUCUAAGCCAAAUGUUUUCGGUCUACAGCAGAAUUAAAGGGGUUGACCUCACUGUUCCUAUACUUUUGGAGAAGAGUAUAUAGAUAUAGCCAUAAGAAUAAGCAUAUGAUUGUAGAGGACCAUCCUCCACAUUUUUAUUCUCCAGGCUCUGAAAGUCAGGUUCACUGUUCUAAUUUGAUGUGAACAGAAGCCUCUUAAAUCACUACAUUAUUGCUAAUAAACAAAAAUUCAGGUACCUUAAACAAACAAAUAUUUAUUUUUUCCUUGCUUUUUGUUUCGUCUCGCUUGUAUCCUGCCACAGUGUGAACUAGCCUGUAAGUAGCGCCCUCUGCCUUUGGCCUCCUGCGCUGACUCAGCUGAAGGAACUCGUGUUUCUGUCCCGGUGUUUGCUAAUAUUCUUUGUCCUUUUGAUUUUGCAGUGAAGGCUGAGUUCACCAUGUUGUUUUCUAGAUGUGAUGAGGAGUGUGUGUGUGUGUGAGCUGAGCUAUGUGUGUUACACCACUGAAAUCACUCAGUUACAGAACACCCUGAUCCUUUUCUGUAAAUCACAGUUGCACCAUUCCUGAGAAGCUCCUGUCUGUAGUUCUGGCUGCUGUGUGUUUAUAGUCUCACACUUCUGUACAUUACUAAACAUCAGGCCAGUGAAAGCUUCAUAAAUAUUAUAAUAUAGCUAAUUUCUGAUUAUAUCCAACAAUCUGUGAAAUAUCGUCUGAGAUUGUAUUUUUUCCCUUUAUGUCAUUCACUUUAUCUGGCAAAUAGUGAACUGUUUUAGAUUGUUGUUUUAAUGCCUGUGCAAAUAAUGUUUAUGUGCUACAAGUCCUUCCACACAAUAGAUUUCAUUACAAUGUUAAGUUUGUUUAUUUUUAUUUUAUUUCUUUAAUGUAUUUCAUGUAAUUCCUCUUCUGGGAGCAAAACUAAUGUAUACUCGUCUGCCAGUAACACUUAAUGAAAUUACUAAAUACAUUUGAUAAAUAGGUUGAAUACUGUUAGUUCUUCUUCCCUCAAAAGUAUGAUUAUUGCAUUUAUUUUUUAUAUUUAUGAUGCUUUCACAUAUGCAGAUAUAACUUUUCAUCAACUCUUGGCAUUUCAUUUCCACAGGUAGAGUCAAACCCUGAAAAAACACAGAAAUCACAGGAUGAGUGUUUGACUGAAUGCUGUUAAAAUCACUCACAUUCACAUAUAACUGUAACUGUACUAGCUGUUGACUGAGCUGCAUGUGUGCUAUCUACCAAGUGAUGUUUGUGUCUUUUUUUUUCUUUACUGUGUCGUUGACCAAGCCAAUGAUCUGAGUGAUCUUAAUGUGUGUUUUAUGUAAAUAAAACUGGACGAUUGUUAAUUAUCAGUCUAUUAACAGUCUAAUCUGGGGAGUUAAAUAUAGUGGAAAGCUGUGCAUACAGUACUGUACUGACUGAGUUCUCACAGAGCUCUGCAUGCAUAAAUACUCCAUUCCACUCAAAAUAUAGAAAUACUCCAGCAUUCGUCUUCUGAAUCUCUGUCUGCUGUAUCUGUAGUGUACAGGCGAUUACCACAGACAAAAAAAUUAACCCAUUAUGUGAAUCAAAUCUUUGUUUUAAUGACCAAAUGUUUUACAAAGCAACCUUACAGAAAUCCAAAUAGAAAAAGAAAAACAGAGACAAAAUAUUUAGAACAUAUGACUCCAAGUGAGCACACCAAAAGACCACAGUGCAGCAAAUACAUGUAUCUUCCAUCAUUGCAGGUCGGGCAUUUACUAACCCUUUAAGGUUAUUAGAUAGAAUUAGAUGCGUUUCUGUUUUAUGGAGUACAGACAGAAAAUAUGAACAUGUUCUUCCAUGUUUCUCUGGACUUGAAAAAGAAAAGAAGUAAAGGGCAGUCACUGAAUUCUGUCUAUAAAUAUCUACAGCUGACAGGCUGUUUGUAGAAUUUGCUCUUCAUGUGUUUCUUUAUUAUAUAACUUAUUAUUAACAGUGGACAUGCAGCAUGUCCAGCUGAUAUUUGUAGUUCACUUUGUCUUGCAGAAUGGGCGUGGCUUGGACUGAACCAGAAGUCAGGAACUCAUCGAUUUUGGUGCACUUAAAUUAAUAAUAGCUGAUUAAACAGUAAACAGUGUGUUAGUGAAUGAUACAGAAGAAGCAGACAGAACUCAGUCUGAUAAAUGCUGGAGUGCUCAUUUAAUGGAGUCUAAUUCACGCUGAGUGAUCUAAGAAAUACUUAGAUCUCAUUUAAGGAAAAGCUUUAAUGUCGUAUCCCUUAUACAGCAGUUUAUAAACUCCUGGUUAAAUAAUGUGUGUUAAAAAACAUAAAGACAAAUCUCUGCACAUUUAAAAUUGUAAAAUGUGCAAAAAAUAUAUAUAAUUAAUUUCCUGGAGGUGCAAAAAUGGUUGCAUUAAACUGUAAAUGUCUACACAGCAGGGUGAAACCCGCCGCUGCAGGUUUGCAUAUUAAAUGAUGAUAAUUAAUGAGGUGAAGAGUCUGAGGAGAAGAGCGCUGGACAGCUGAGAGUCUGAUCUGUGUUUAUGUUGUCUGUGUCGCUGUUCGGGGAAUGCCACAUCACUCUGUCUGUCUUUAUUUUUAUUAUGUUGGUUCCACCUUGUUCUCACAGGAAUGGAGAUUUGAAUAUGGUUCUGUUUGAAUGUGUUUCUUUCUCUCUUUGUUUUGUUUGUGACUGUAAAUUUCUGAAAUAUUUAAAUAAAUCUAUUCAUGUGCGUA